AUGGCUGAAAACCUUCUGAAGGAGUCACCGAUGACCUUAGGACAAUCGAAAAGCUGGGUCACAUUAGGUCCAAAUCGUAGCACUCGACUUUCUCAGAAUCAGGUAAGACAACGUUAGCUAAAGGACAUUCAUGUAAACCCACAAAUGGUCAAAUGGAUUGUGAACUAUCUGACCAAUAAACCACGGUUCGUAAGACUGAACCAGGCAGUACUAUCAGACCAGAUAUGCACAAACACGGUAACGUUAGCCGCACGAGGGACGGUCAUGUCACCUUUCCUGUUUACUCUCUAUACAAAUGACAUCACACACAACAAUGAACUGAGCCAUCUGCAGAAAUUCUCUGAUGACUCUGGUAUAGUAAGUUGUAUCAUGAAAGGUAACGUGUAGUGGCUAGUGUUUUGUGUUAUGCCAUUAUGUGCUGAAAGGGAAACUUACUUAGCGAAGGAUGACAUAAAUAAACUGGACAAUCGAGUCAAUGCAGGACAUGUUCAUAAAAAUGCUGCAAGCUAAAACACAUGAUCAUGGACAAUGCCAUACACCCACUCCACAUCACUCUAAUGCAACAUAGUAGUAGCAGGUUCAUCCUGCCCAAAAGCUCCAUAGAGGGGUUCCGAAGGUCAUUUUUACACACAGCCAUCAUAAAUUACUAAUUUGUUAUGCCUUUUUUAAUGUUUAGUCGUUGCUGUUUCCCAGGAGAAUAGACAACAUCAUUUCUUACCUGUCUUUUAUGGCUAUUAACGUUCAGGUGUCUUAUUUAAGCAAUAAGGCCAGAGGGGGUGUGGUAUAUGACCAAUAUACCACAGUUAAGGGCUGUUCUUCGCACAACGCAACACUUAGCCGUGGUAUAUUGGCCAUAUAUCACAAAUCCCAGAGGUGCCUUAUUGCUAUUAUAAACUGGUUACCAACAUAAUUAGAGCAGUAAAAAUAAAUGUUUUGUCAUACCCGUGGUAUACGGUCUGAUAUACCACGGCUGUCAGCCAGUCAACAUUCAGUGCUCGAACCCCCCCAGUUUAUAAUAUGUGUUUUACAAUGUGUUUGUAACUGAUACGGGUCCUGUCUUUGUAAUUUAAUUGAUUGUUGAUGCUGAAGUGAUAAACAGUUUCCCAAGUUGGGAUUAAUAAAGUACUGCUGUACUCUCUACUAUUUCUCUCUCCAUCUUAUACUAGUCAUGCUACUAGCAUGCCAUCAUGAUGGAUAUUGAAAUAUAAUGUGAUAACGUUGUGAAUGCCAGUUGAUGUGGCCAGAUCAUAAGUUGGACAGCCGGAUGUUAUGUCAACUCAGCUAGCUAAGUUGGUCAUUAUGUUUUUGCAACAGCAGGAAUGAUGCCAGUGGCACUAUUGUUCUCUUUCAGUUACUCUUCAAUGCAGCCAUGCCUGCCAACGCAUAUAACCGUGCCACCCAAGUUGGCCCACCUGCACCCAUUGUGAUUGAGAAGCUGAUGCCCCGGGUGGAGAAGCGGGAUGACCUGGAUAGCACCGGCAGCUCUCUGUGUUUCUCUGCUCUGUCUGAGGAGCGUCUGCUGGCUGCAGUCAGGCUGGCCAAGAGAGAUCUGAGGAAGAGACGACAGGAGUCAUUGAACAGCUCCCCCAUCAGACCACAGCCAGAGGAGACCACACCCAUCAAGAGCAAUGUGCAGGUAAAUAAGAGAUAGCUAAAGCAGGCUCAUCAGUAUACUCCCCUUUCACUUGUACUGUUUAUAUCCAUCUUAUUCUGCUCCAAGAACGAUUAAUCGAUGAUCAACCUUUAUAAUUUUUCUAUUUCCAGCAGAAGGGGGUUGUUCCUAAGAGGAGGUCAAAGACGACCGGCACCAAAGAAGAAGUGACUCGGUCUGGAGCCAAGGUGCUUGUAUACACCCCCCAGAAGUACGUCUCCAUACCCCCUGGGCCUGAUCAUGGCCUGUCCCCCCCAACCAGAGACCCAGGCCCAAGGCAGACAGCCAGCCAGGAGCCCCACACAGCCCUCAGCCAGGAGGUCCGCAGGCUGCAGAGAGAGCUGGCCAACUACAUCCAGAGAAUAGAUCAGCUGGCUAACAGAGGUAACACCGCAUAAAUGAAGUCACCCAUGAGUUUACCAGUCAAAUCGCCAUGGUCAGAGGUUCUAGUGAUUAUAUUUCUGUGGGUAACACAGCUGGAUUGGCACCUUGUUGGCAUACAGGCUGCUAAUAUUCUAAUCUUUUCAAUAUGCUGUUAUGAACUAUUUUGAAUGGUAUUUAGUGUAUGGGACACUGCAUGCAGUUUAGAGACCCAUGGUCAUGUGUAUUGUGCUGUGCAUUCCAGGGCGAAUGGUUAUAGAGUCCUUGGAGCCUGAUGAGCAGCGCAGGGUGGAGGUCCGCAGACAGGAACAGGCAGCCCGCUCUGCACGCAUCAUCUAUGUGCUACAACAACAGGUGAAAGAGAUCCAAGAGGAUUUAGACAAACUACGCUCACAGAAGAUUCAGCACACAAAUAAAGUAAGUUACACAUAAUAACCCAAGCUGUCGUACUCUGAUGAGGUUGAUGAUGAGGACAAUGACAAAGACUAACACCCAUCUCCCUCUCUCUUCGUUUUCUCAGUCCAGAGCGAUGAACAGGUUGGCUGCUGCCCACAGAGGGGCGGUCAGGGCCAUGCAGGUGUUCACUAAUCAGCUGUCUGACAUGUCUGAGGGCAGGAUGCCCUCCUAUUAUAAAGAGAUGGGCCAGCUGAUCCGCCAGCUCUCUCUGUGCUCGGCCAAGGUGGAGGUGGGCCAGGGAUCAGCCGUCCCAGAGACUGCCCUGGACAUCCUGCAGAAACUAGAGGUCAGUCAGAGGCUGAGUCCCAAAUAGCACCUUAUUCUCUUUAUAGUGCAGUACUUUUGACCAGGGGCAGGGGCCAUAGGUCUCUGGUCCAAAGUAAUGCACUAUAUAGGAAAUAGAAAGCCAUUUGCACUACAUCCAUAGAUUUAAUCCAUCACCUACAGGCCACUCUCACCUUAUUACACAGAAGAUGGGCACCAGAAAAUGUCCCAAAUCAACUACUGUACAUCUAUUGGUAAUUUUUGAUAAGCAAUCAAACUUUGUAAAUCAAUAUUUGGUUAUACAAGCAAUACUCCAUUGAAAAACCUAAGCUAUUCAAUCUAAAGAAACUGGAAAUAAAUUUGCUGGAGAGCCACAAAACCAUAGGUAGAGCUGACGUAUUAAACAGUACAUUUAAUUUAGAUUUUAUUUGGCUUCUUGAAUUUGAAUGUUUACAGAAUAUAUUAGAUUUUCCUGUCUGUCUCUGUGUCUCUCAGACCCUGGAUACUGCUCUAAGCAAGCAGAAGAGUCCAGCACAGAGGAGGCAGGCCCGAGUACGCAGCUCCUCCCCUGCACGCCACCGCAGGUCUCCACAUCGCAUUACGUCUCCUCCCCGUCCCCGUGCACACAGGGGCCCUGCCACCAGGGGUCUCAGAGGACCUCGUAGAGCAGCAGGCCCCAAGAAGUCCUUCCCUGGUGAGAAACGCGCAGGUGUUCUCAUUCUAAUUCUAUCUGAGUGACUCAGCAUUCAGAGACACUCAUUAUCUCACAGUCAGCUGUGCUGCUGAAGCUAUUUUAUUAGCAUUUUAAUAAGGAUAGGCUAAUUAUCUAGCGUUUUUUGAUUGGCUCAUUAUUCCAUAUCCUCAUAACAUUAAUAACUCAUGUAAACUAAUUUCAUACAUCAUAAAACCGGGAACAACCAACACAGCAAAUGCGUCAAACAAAUCAGUAUCCCCCCUCCUACAGUUGAAACCACACGCACACUGACACAGCAGUUGAUAAAAUAUCUGAUCCAAAAAUAGAACAUGUAUUGCGUGGGCGGAACAUUUCCUGAAACUGCAUUUUUAAUUUGAGCGUCUCAUCUUUGUUGUUUACCCUGUUCUCUCAUUGUGAACGAGGGAGCAGAUCCCUGUUCUCUCAUUGUGAACGAGGGAGCAGAUCCGUACGGCUCCCAUGGCUCAGGAAUCACCUGAAGGCUUAAGUGCUGUGUGUGUUUGGGCCUCCCACCGAGCCUGAAUCACAGCACCAGGGUGGAGAUUAAUGAGGGGCUGACUGACUGACGCAAAGAGGGGAGAGAGGGGCCAGGGUCCGGUUCUCUGGCCAUGGGUCUCCUGCAGGCAGCUCAUUGUGUGGGUGGCUUGCUCCUACUGUGUACACAGUCUCCCUGUGGGAGAGAUAGUGUAGCCACCACACACCACGAGAGGGUUUGAACUGCAUCGCAUGCACAGGUCUCCUUGGCAACUAAUAACAGUUCCCACUGUCAGUGAGCAAGCCCCCUACCUUCUCCACACUGCCAAACAAGCAGCAGGCAAGUGUCUGUUAAUGUGCUAGUUGGCCAGAUAAGUGUGUAGUCUCUCAAAGGAGCAUGCAGGUGUUAUCCCUAAGGGCCAUACAGGCUUUACUAGUGUUUGAUUAGUCAUGCCAAGCACUGUAACACUUAUCUGUAAGGGCCUAUAGAAAUGAUUGAGCACAUAGCCUAGCUGUUGAAGUGUUUCAAAACAACAUUUCACUCAAAACUGAUCAUGAGCCUGCCAAUGUUGUGAUGUUAGUAGAUAGCAGAGCGGUCCCUCAGCAUCAGCAGCCCCCCAGAGCCACAGAGCCUCCUCCACAGCUGCAUCGCAGCCAGGUGCUCAGGGCUGGCCUGGAGAGCCUGGUCCAUCUCAGAGAAUUCAGGGAAGGAGGGGGGCAGGUCCCCAAAAGUCAAGAAGGAGCACUGCACCCCGAUAGGACAAAGGUCAGUGAGUUUAAUACUUACAUUUUUGCUGCAAUUAAAUGUAUUUGAAUAUGUCCAUUAAUAACUGGCUAGCCUGAACUAUUUUCACUACAAUUGUGUCUCUUAAACAUGAUCUUUGUCCAGAAGCAGGGAGCCCAUGUGAGGGAUGCAGGUUUCCAGCAGCCCACAGUGGCUUCCAGGCUGAGAGUGUGUCAGCACCCACAGAAGGAGGCCUCUGUGCACUGGAUACCCACGUCACCUCACUCUCCUCCUAAACAACAACAACAGUGGUGAGCUCAGAGGAGAGCACUCUCUCUUGUCCUCAGUCUCUCUUUGUAACUUACUCUCGCUGCGUACUCUCUCCCCCUCUCUUACAGUCUCUCUCUUUUAAUUGUCAUUAUUUCUAAUCCACUUCCACUUGUGUUAUGUGUCCAGCUCCCCUCAGAAAAGGCAAGAGCCUCGAUGUCUCUUCUCCCCCCUGAAGCCCUCCUCAGGCCCCUCAGAGCAGCAGCUGAGUGGUGUGGUGACAGCAGAGCAGGACCAGGGUCUGACCUCAGAUAGACAGAGACAAGCCCACAACGAAGCCCUCAGGUCAGUGAUAAUAACAAUAAUACGUUUUAUUUUUAAUAUAUUUUUAAGCUUUUAAUUAAACACAGAAAACAUAAACCAUUGGACAUGGCAAACAACCUUGUGCCUUAUUAGCAUCACAGUACCUUAUUAGCCUCAUUUAUUUUAGGUUUUAGUUGAUGUAUAAUAUGUGUUAUAGCAGAAUGAAUGAACCAAGGGAAACUGCCCAGGGAACAGUUAUAUUAAUGGAUCUGCUCAUUUUAAGUAAUUAAGUCAUUUAAAACCCUGAUCUCAGACCCCACUUUCUGAAAGCUGCAAGCAAUACUCUGAUUCCAAUUCAAAGUUAAAUUCAAUCUACGUGCUUGCUUGUUAGAUUGGGGACAUUAUAGUUUUUUUAAAGCACAGUGAUGGAUAGCAGUGCCUGCCUGCUUGCCUGCACUAAAUUCAAGUGCACAGCAACCCUCUGCACUAAUCAAAACUUCAUUAGUGCAACUGAGGUCUAUAAUUAAUAAAAUGCCUGCAGCCUGCUUUCGGUAGCUAACAUUAGGACUGGUUUAUGUGGGUCUUCUAAUUGAAACGGUUCUGUCUGUGUUGUAUGGUGUGGUCUAUGUGAAUGCACAGGCAAGCCUGGCUGGACAGGAUGACCAUGCAGAGACUGAGGGACCUAAAUCAGCUGAGUAAAGAUGAAGCAGAACGCAUCCAGAGACUCCGGUACACUAGUGUAGUACUAUGUCCUCUACACACUCCUUGUCAUAGCCUAGAAUAACUGAGUGAAAAUACAGGAUUCAAAGCCUCUAUAUUGUUACACCAGGCUUACGCGUGUGUGUGUGUCAGGUCUGAGGUGGGCUCUCCAACCCAGUGGGCUGAGAGAGCUGAGCAGGAGGCCCGAGGGAGACUACAGCCUCUGUUGGACCAGGUCCUGGUAAGACAGACAUUUAAACUCUCCUCUCAAAAAAUAAAGGGUUGUAUGCACACAAAAAAUAGACAGGACUUCAGACAAUCCUUUUUAGUUUUUUCUUGCUUUUCAGCAGGCAGAAGAAUAAAUAACUGAGUGUGUAACUUUGCUCUCACUCAAUACCCACAUUGUUGUUACAUAAGAAAAGCCUGGACCAGGGAGAGCUUUCCCCUCCCUCAGGAAUUCCACUGCCCUCAGAGGAGUGGGAAAAUCAAUACAUCUCAUUUGUAAUUGAAAAAUCCAUACAGCUAUUUACCACCAGAUUUGUGCCACCACAGUGAAAUGAAUAGGGAAUUUACAGCUAGGCCUAGGGUGUACUGCUGCAGCCUUGUGUAUGUGCUGAGUGAAAAGACUGAGUUAGAGUAGGAGAGGUUGGUGUUAGGUAGUGUCACGCCCUGGCUCUGGGGACUCUAAUAUGUUGAGCCAGGGUGUGUAAAGUCUAUGUGUUUUGUUCUAGGUUUCACUUUCUGGUAUUGUUGUUCUAUGUUGGCCAGUGUGGUUCUCAAUCAGAGGCAACGGGAUUCAGCUGUUGCUUGUUGUCUCUGAUUGAGAACCAUACUUUAGCAGCCUGUUUCCCCACAGAGUUUGUGGGAUCUUGUUUCUAGUCGGUUGUGUUAGACCGUGAACUGUCACGUUUUCGUUUUGUUGUUUUUGAUCGUGUCUCUAAUAAAGAGUAUGUUUGCCUGCAACGCUGCGCCUUGGUCCUCAUCUCUGUUCGACGAUCGUGACGGAAGAUCCCACCAAGACUGGACCAAGCAGCAAGUCCAGGAGCCAUCGCCUGAGAGAUCUCUAGCGGAUCUCCUUCGCCUCCUCGACUGGGUCAAGCCAUGUGAGGAAGAGAGGGGCUUGACGUGGAGGCAGAAGGGCGAAAGGCUGGCGAGAAGCAUGGAGACCUGGUCCACGGGUAGGAGUGAAGCCCAUACAUUUUUUAGGGGGGGGGCUAACGCCGUGGACGACGGGGCAGCAGGAGGCCGCCAGGUUACGGGAGUCACUGGUCACCAGGGGGAAGGAGGAUGUAGAGGCACGGCGAGAGGUACUGGCGUGUGUUGCCAGUCCGGUCCGGCCUGUUCCUGAUCCCCACGUAGGGCCAGUGGUGUGUGUUCCCAGUACGGUCCGGCCUGUUCCUGCCACUCGCACCAAGUCUACGGUGCGCGUCGCCAGCUCGGCCCGGCCUGUUCCUGCUCCCCGUACCAAGUCUGUGGUGCGCGUCGCCAGCCCAGUCCGGCCCGUUCCUGCUCCCCGCACCAAGUCAGUGGUGCGUUUCGUCAGCCCUGUCCGGCCCAUUCCUGCUCCCCGCACCAAGUCAGUGGUGCGCGUCGUCAGCCCGGUCCGGCCCAUUCCUGCUCCCCGCACCAAGUCAGUGGUGCGUUUCGUCAGCCCAGCUCGGCCCGUUCCUGCUCCCCGCACCAAGUCAGUGGUGCGCUUCGUCAGCCCGGCACGGCCCGUUCCUGCUCCCCGCACCAAAUCAGUGGUGCGCUUCGUCAGCCCGGUCCGGCCCGCUCCUGCUCCCCGCACCAAGUCAGUGGUGCGUUUCGUCAGCCCGGCUCGGCCCGCUCCUGCUCCCCACACCAAGCCAGUGGUGUGCGUCGUCAGUCCGGCACGGCCCGUGCCUGUUCCACCGGUGGCUGGUCCGGCACCGGUCAGAUGCUUCACGCCGGAGCUAGAGCAAUCCGCUCCACCAGUGUGCAGUCCAGCUCCGGCCAGCGGGGCCAGACCGGACCAGGGGUACUUUGGGGGGUUGGAGAGGGAGCGGGGAUCAGGCCCGGAGCCGGAUCCGCCGCCUAGGCGGAGUGCCCACCCGGUCCCUCCCCUGUGGUAUUUGGUGGGCGCGGUCGGAGUCCGCGCCUUUAGGGGGGGUACUGUCACGCCCUGGCUCUGGGGACUCUAAUAUGUUGAGCCAGGGUGUGUAAAGUCUAUGUGUUUUGUUCUAGGUUUCACUUUCUGGUAUUGUUGUUCUAUGUUGGCCAGUGUGGUUCUCAAUCAGAGGCAACGGGAUUCAGCUGUUGCUUGUUGUCUCUGAUUGAGAACCAUACUUUAGCAGCCUGUUUCCCCACAGAGUUUGUGGGAUCUUGUUUCUAGUCGGUUGUGUUAGACCGUGAACUGUCACGUUUUCGUUUUGUUGUUUUUGAUCGUGUCUCUAAUAAAGAGUAUGUUUGCCUGCAACGCUGCGCCUUGGUCCUCAUCUCUGUUCGACGAUCGUGACAGGUAGGAGAUGGUCAAUGGUGGUGUGGGACUGAGCUUGCCCUACCUGUGUACCCCAGCAGAUGGGAGCUGCUGCCUCUCAGGCCCGGGACAGAAAGGCCACAUCGUCACUGGGGCAUCGGCUGUCUGAGUAGCCCUGUCAUAUCGUAAUGAUCCUGACCUAUAUUACCGAUAUUUAUGUUUUUCUCAGUAUUUGAGUCCCAAUUGCCUGUAGGGCUCUGCUCAAAAGUAGUGCACUAUAUAGGGAAUAGGGUGCCAUUUGGGGAAACAGCCAGGAAGUGAUUCCAUAAAACCCUUUCCCAUGUGCUGAGCUCUGUGCUAUCUACCUCCCUCUCCAGGCUGCGGAGAGCGCUGAGGUGCUGAGUGAGGCCCUGCUAGCGGAGCUGCUGGCCGAUGCAGCGCAGGCCGCCUGGACGUCGGAGACAGACAGACAGACGGAGGGUUUGGCCCAGCUCCAGGCCCCCUCCCUGGAGAGCAUGCUGCUGCGCAUGGAGGAGAUGGAGGUGAGCCCUGAGCACGGCCCUAUGGAAAGGCCACCACACAAAGGUCACAGGGAGUUUGAAAGGGGACCACUGGUUAGUUUGUCAUGCCUGGCCUGUGUGAUGUUUGACAGCCUUGGUCAAGCUGUGCUGUGGAGAUACAGUGAAUGCACUGUCCAAUCCGGUCUGGAUUCCUGAUAAGGCUUUGUAUUAUUGUUUGGCUGAAUAAUGAAUUGAAAUAAUAUACUUUUAUCAUCUAUGUGUCUGAGCAGAAAGAUCAGGAAGCUGUGAGGAGGCGCUUUGCUACCUUCACAUACUCAGACCCUCACUACUGGGACAGAGGGGACACAACUGGUGAGUAAACAGACCAAGUAACUCCUCCACACAGCCUCCACACACUUUUGCAUGGGGGUUUGAAUUGUUGUUCCUCUGGUGCCCUGCAGGUGAAGGUAUUGUGUUAGUGCUGUUUUAGCCAGUUGAGAGCAAGGCUAUCCCUCAUUCUCACUCUCCUUUUCCACCCCUCUUUCUCUUAUCCCCCUCUCCCCCAUCUCUUUCUCAGGGCUUCAGAGGUCUGCUCCAGGCUCCAGGCCAGUCUCUCCUCAGCCUGUUAGGAUCACCAGGCCAGCACUGAGACACACCACCACGGCUGACAUUGUCCUGGAGAGCCCUGUGGAGACCGGGUGA